GCUCAGUUGCUUCGCGUCCGUCUAGCGAGUUGGUGCGUCUGCGUUGCGUUGCGUUGUGUUUUUGGUUUUACUACCAGCUACUUUACAGCUCUCACUCUAUCUUUCACUCCGCUCUCUUCGUUCUGAUUACUCUGCGUGCGUGUGCGUGAGAACGUGUGUGCGCCCAUAUUGCUAGUGUGCCUGUGUCUGUGUGUUGUGUGGCUAGCCCAAAACAAAUACGUUAAAAAGUAGUAGUAGUCCAAUAAAAAGAAAAAAUAAAAUAAACAACAAAAGGAUAAUCAUUCAGCAAGAGUCCUUGGUGUAUGGGGGUGGCAGCCUGACAACAGACAACCCUAGAAGCACCACCCCCUUGUAAACGUGUUUUUAUGCGUGAUUAUUAACUGCGCCAUUGCUUCACACACACACAUACACACACAUAAGCACACAGACAUUGAACAAAAAGGCAACGGUAAACAAUAGUGAACAUAACCAAAAGUUAAUAACAUUGAAUGAAGUGCAUAACGCGCAGGAUAAUUGCAUGUGGCUUAUAUAAAUAGGCGCCAGUGUGGGCGUGGCAGCAGCAGCAACAACAGCAACAAUAACAGCAACAACAUUUGUAAUGUGCCAGUUGUUGUUAGCAUUUCACAUCACUCAAUCAUCCAACACAUUUUCAUCAUCUUUAACAACAUGCGAAACGCUGCCAAAGCGACGCCAUUAGCAGAGCAGCAGCAGCAGAAGGAGCGGCAGGAGCAGCAACAGGAUCACAUAAUAACCAUCAGCACUGCCAGCCUUACAGAACAACAGGAGCCGCCCGUCAAGCACUACGCACAACAAGCAACAGCAACUACAGCAACACCUGCAACAGCACCAGCAGCAGCAGCAACAGCAACCACUGCAAGUGGAGCAAGUGCAGCCGCUGGAACAGCUGCAGCAUCAGGAGUUGCUGCGAAUCCUGCACCAACUAACAACUCCGUCCUCUGUCAACUGAUUAGCUACCAGAAUAACAUAGCUGAUGUCCAACAUAGACGUGGCCGACGCUUACAUGGACUCCAGCUGCCGUUGCAUCCACUGCAGCUAUUCGGUUGGCUCGUGUUACUCCUGUUCGGUUUGGCCAGCUAUUGGAUACUGAUACCCGCCUUUCAUGCGCCCAUCCAAGGGCCACUCUAUGGCCUGAUCUCCGGCCUGUAUGUGGUGCAUAUUGUGGCCCAUUUGACUGCAUUGUUGACCGAUCCCGCUGACAAGGAGCUGCGACGCGUGCAUCGCAACGAUCGCAUUGUGCCCGAGUUUGAUCGCAGUAAACACGGCCAUGUCAUCGAGAACGGACGCUGUCAUCUGUGCAACAUAAAGACAUCGUCGCCCAGGACCAAACACUGUUCGGUGUGCAACAAGUGCGUGGGUAAAUUCGAUCAUCACUGCAAGUGGCUGAAUCAUUGCAUCGGCUCCCGGAACUAUGUCGCCUUUCUAAUGUGCGUCGUCAGUGCUGUGGUGGCCACGCUGGUCAUUGUGGCUGCCGUUGUGGGGCAGAUCGUGCUCUACUACGUGCAGCCGGAUUGGCUGAGCUUCUAUUGGUGCAGCAAUCAAAUGGAAUUGCCCCUGGAGUCAACUGAUUAUAUCAAUUUAACGCUGAGCUUGAGCAACGGCACCAUGAUGCUGAUGGAACAGGAUCAACAGAUGGAACAGGAUCAGUCGCAGGAGCAGGAUCUCAAUAAUCUCACAAUCUCCACCAUGCCCACGCUGCUGCAAAACUUUACGGCUCUGCUGGAUCAGAGCACGUUGCAGCCGGAGCAGAAGCCACAGCUUCUGAAUCAUACAGUAACACCUCUGGUCGCCGGCAUCGGUGUCCAUGAGACGAUGUACUUGCUGCUGCUGGGCGUGCUCGGACUGCUGGCAGCAAUCAGUGCUGGUCUCCUCCUGCAUCUCUGCUUUUUUCACAUUUACAUCUCGUUUCUGGGCCUGACGACGUACGAGUACAUCCGGAAUCAUCGGCAGGCGCAGGAGGCAAAGGCUAAGCAGUUGCUCGAGCAGGGCAAGAACGGUGUCCAUUUCAAUCCCAAUCUACCCACACUGCACCAUCAUCAGCAGCAACAACACCAGCAUCCGUCCAAGCUCUAUUGCUGCUCCAAUGUGCCGCAUCCGAAUCAGCAGCACGAGCAGAUAACUCCUGGCGCUGCGUUGCAUUGCUGUGCCAGCUCGCGGGAGUUCCAUCAGGCCAGCCAAUCCAUCUAUUUGUGCUCCUUGCUGCAGGAGCGUCGCAGCGAUCGACUGCAAUUGGAUCUGGACACCGAGGCAGCUCCGCUACGUUCCUUUCACUGCUGUUCCAGCUAUGCGGCUGCCUCGAUGCAGCGCAGGGUGAGCGCCGCAGCGAGUGCCAAGGCGGCGCUGGAGCCACGCCAGCGUCCACUGAGAUCGAGUGCAGGAGCAGCUGCAUCGUAUCUGCAAUACACAGAGCAGUGCACCCUCUGCACCUUUCAGCUGCGCAGUCCGCUGCGCGGCGGCCAGAGCAACAGCAACAGAAAUAGCGCCGGGCGCAGCAGCAGCAGCACUCGCACCUUGGCUAGCCAAACGGCCACGCCCACAUCGACGGCGUCGGCAGCAGGGAAUAUAUCGAAGCAUCAGCGCUGGCGACGAAAAUGGAACUGCUGUGCCAGCGUGCCAGACAGUCCGGAUGUGCCCAAUGAUUUGCUGGCCGCACUCUCGGCCAGCAAAAUGAAUGCCAGCGAGCUGCCGGUGCAGUUCAUCAGAAGUCUGAAUGGUGGCCUGGAGAUGCCACAGGGCCCGGGCGGGGGAAUGCUGCCAACUGCCACACCCACUGAACUGCCCACACUGAAGACGACGCGCAGCUCCAGGUUGCGCCACAUGCUGCGUCUGCUCGGACGCUAUCGACGCGCACGCUGCCAGCGUGGCCAUGGCCACGGCGUGGGCGUGGCCGAGCAGCAGGUGGCCACCAUUAAGCAGAAUCAAAUACGUCCACUGCAACUGCAGCCGGAUCGAGGCUAUGACAGUGGCACGAGCAUGACGCAAGCGACGCCACCGCCGCCCAUGAGCUCGCCCAGCCACAGCGCCAGCAGCAGCAGCGAUCUGAGCAGCAUCAGCAACGGCACUGGCAACAAGGAGGUGAUGCUGCUGCCCACCAGCGUCAUCCGGGACGAUAGUGUCACCACUAGCUACACACUGACCCUGCCGCCUGCUUUGCCGCCGCCCACGCGUCGCAAGAUGCCCAAUCCCAGCGAGUUGGCUGAGCUGGCCGAGACCCUGGGCUUCGUCUCGAGCGGAACUCAUGGAGCUGCCGGCUCCAACAGUCGCCAGCUGCCGAGUCUGGGCAAUGUGUACAGGCGACAGCGUAGAAAACAUUUCCUGCGCACUCGAUCGCCCACUUUGUCGCCCAUACACGAAUCCGGGCUAUCCAAUCCAACAUCGCCGCAACCGUUGCGCCAUAGCUUGGCCAACUCCAACUCCAACUCCAGCUCCAAUGCCAAUGCCAAGUGCUCUCCGGAUGUGACACGCUCCUCCGCGACACUCGUCCAGAAUCUGUGUGGUCUAGCCGGCGAAGCUCUAAGGAAAUCUGCAUCCAAUAGCUCGUUGCAGAGCAUCAGCUCCAACUCAAGCAGCACCUAAUACAAAAGGAAGACCGAGAGAGGCAGUCAAUAGAGAGAUAGAGAGGGAGAGAGAGUGAGAGAGUGAGAGUGAGCAGGAGAUUGUGGAAGAGUUCCUUGAAUUGGUUUCUGCCUAGUCCUUAGGUUAGUCAUAGACGCCGUUAUCCAUCCAAUUCCAAGAGAUAAAGUUAAAGCCCAAUUUUAGUUUUAAUUUAGUUAAACUUGUUUUAGGAUUUUGUUUCGAAUGGAGGAUUUAUAUGAAUAUUACCACAUGUAACUUGUAAACCCCAUUGAAAUGGAUGCGCUUGAUGAGAAAUUAAAUAUGCUGAAAUGAUAAUA